GGACCUCCUCCUCCAACACACAAGCAGCAGUAAUGGCGGACUACGACAACUACGAUGAACGGGACCGGGCCUACGGCAGCUUCGGCGGCGGCCGAGGGCCCCGUGGCGGCAGCGGUCCCGGAGGCCCCAGGAAGCAGAAGGAGCUGCCGACAGAGCCUCCGUUCACGGCGUACGUGGGAAACCUGCCGUUCAACACGGUGCAGGGAGACAUCGACAUCAUCUUCAAAGAGCUCAACAUCCGCAGCGUCCGAUUGGUCAGAGACAAAGAGACAGACAAGUUCAAAGGUUUUUGUUAUGUUGAAUUUGACGAUUUGGAAUCUCUAAAAGAAGCUUUGACGUACGACGGCGCCUUAUUAGGUGAAAGGUCACUGAGGGUGGACAUCGCAGAGGGACGAAGACAAGAACGAGGAGGGGGCGGCUUUGGCUUCAGGAAAGACGACGGCAGAGGACGAGGAGGCUCUCGAGGCGCUCCCAGAGGAGGAGGAGGACGCGACUCCCGUGAGGACUUCUACGACCAGCCAGGAGGAGGUGCGGUCAGAGAGUUCAGCAGCUCAGGUUUUAGAGAUGAUGACUACAUGGGGGGGCGGAGUCGAGGCGGUGGCAGUCGCCCUAGUGACAGAAGGGGUGGAGGUGCAGGGAUGGGUCGCUACAGAGACGGACCCCCACGCGGAGGAACGACAGACUUCAGGGAACCGUCUGAAGAGGAGCGUGCACAGCGGCCUCGGCUGCAGCUGAAGCCUCGGACCGUCUCUGAGCCGCUCAACCAGGUCGCCAACCCCAACUCUGCCAUCUUUGGCGGAGCGAAGCCGCGAGAGGAGCACUGAGUCAUUUAAAGCCGCCACCACAGAUCCCAACCAGACGGUGGCGCUAGCACGCCGCAUUGCCGACAGAACAGAAGAAACCGAAAGCUUUUUUUUUUUUCUUUUUUCUUUUUUUUUUUUUGUGCUGUUUGGUGGUUUCAGUGUGGGUCAGACGCCAGCGUCCACCGAUAAAUUGUUGUAAAGUUGAUUGUGUACAAUAAAGAUGGGGCUUUGGUCUGGAACCUGUAACUUCUGUGUGUUUCUCUGUGGCCCGACAGGAAACUGGCUGUAAACCCGGCGCAGGUGAAAGCUUUCAGGUGUGGGUCUGCGUCGCUUUGACAUCAUGUGUGUUUUUUUUUGUUUUUCUUGGAGGUAAAAUGCAGAAACGUUUCUGAAUAAACAACUGUUAGAACUUUCCUUUCCUUGAGUUUAUGGCAAUAAAACUGUCUUCAUCUUUGUCCUCAUACCAACCCAAUGUGUUUAAUUUCAGGGUGGGGGAGGCGGGGCAUUGAUUCCUCAUUACAUUUUUAUUUUUCUUCCAAAUGAAAGAAGAAUAAAGAAUAAAGCUCGUUCUGUUC